ACCACGAGACAAGCGAAGGAAAAAAAAGGGAGAAAGGAGGAAGACAUCCACCACCACGUAGCCACCGUAGCAUCGUAACGGUCCCGCGGUCCUUCCCCCGAAAUGCACCCGCUUUUACGCGCCCACUGACCGGCCAGGAGUGUCUUGUGUACCCGCGGAACACCUCCACAUCCACCCGCGUUCGGCGCAAGGGAGUCGGCCCGCAAAAGAUGGAGCUGGAGGACGGGGUUGUGUACCAGGACGACCCCGGGGGGACGUCCGCGAUGAUGUCUGAGCGCGUAUCGGGCCUGGCCAGCUCCAUUUACCGGGAGUUCGAGCGCCUCAUCGGGAAGUACGACGAGGACGUGGUGAAAGAGCUGAUGCCGCUGGUGGUGGCCGUGCUGGAGAACCUCGACUCGGUGUUUGCGGAGAACCAGGAGCACGAGGUGGAGCUGGAGCUUUUGAAGGAGGACAACGAGCAGCUCAUCACCCAGUACGAGCGGGAGAAGGCGCUCAGGAAGCACGCCGAGGAGAAGUUCAUUGAGUUUGAAGAUGUCCAUGAGCAGGAGAAGAAGGACAUGCAGACCCACGUGGACCGCAUGGAGUCCCACUCACGCCAGCUCGAGCUCAAGAUCAAGAACUACAACGACCAGAUCAGCAGGUUAGAAGAGCGAGAGCUGGAGCUAAAAAAGGAAUACAGCUCCCUCCAUCAGAGACACACAGAGAUGAUCCACAACUACAUGGAGCACGUGGAGAGGGUCAAACUGCAGCAGGUCAGCGAGACCUCCGAAAACAGUGCUGUGCCAAGAGUCCGUGAACGACCACUAUCCUUGGGCAUCUUCCCGUCAUCUGGGGGCUCCUCUUUGAUCAUCCCGGACACCAAGGCCAGAGCGGAGACUCCGGCCACAGAGGGCUGGAGGUUCACUGACCGCACCCAUAACCGCUCCGACACCAGCCUCAAGCUGGACUUCACGGAGCUCCCCAGGGACAGGGAGGGUAAGCCAGCGCAGGACUCCACCUCCUGGGGCUCUUCUCUGACUGACGCCUGCAAGGACGAAUUAUCAGACCUGCCUGGUUCACAGUCCACCCCACGCAAAGAGGACGGGACCAGGAGUACGGAGGUGCAAGCUGCUCCCGGAACCAGCUCCAAAUCAGUGGGUUUAGGUGAGAAUGAGGAGAGCUCAGACGUACAGGACAUCAUCGAGUCCACACCAGAGUUGGACAUGGACCUCAUCGGCUACAGACCCUGCAGUACUCCCACAAAGGGCAUCGAGAACAAGGCGUUUGACCGGAACACGGACUCUCUGUUUGAGGAGCUGUCGUCUGCUGGCACAGGGCUCAUAGGUGAUGUGGACGAGGGGGCUGACCUGCUGGUGGAGUAUUCUGGAAUGGGCCGUGAAGUGGAAAAUCUCAUUCAGGAAAAUUCACAGCUACUUGAAACAAAGAACGCUCUCAAUGUAGUGAACAAGGACUUGAUUCUGAAAGUGGAUGAGCUGACGUGUGAGAAGGAGGUCCUGCAGGGUGAGCUGGAGGCAGUGGUCCAGGCCAAAACCAAACUGGAGGAGAAGAACAAAGAUCUGGAGGAAGAACUCAAAAAAGUGCGACAAGAAGUGGAGGAGAUCAAACAGAAAACCCAAGAUGAAGAAGACAGCGACAUCCCUGUGGCCCAGAAGAAGCGCUUCACCCGGGUGGAGAUGGCCCGGGUGCUCAUGGAGAGGAACCAGUACAAGGAGAGGCUGAUGGAGCUGCAGGAAGCCGUGCGCUGGACAGAGAUGAUCAGGGCCUCAAGAGAAAACCCAACCUUAACUGAGAAGAAGAAAUCCAGCAUCUGGCAGUUCUUCAGCAGACUUUUUAGCUCCUCCUCCAGCAGCAGCAGCAGCAGUAGCCCCGCCCUCAAGAAGGUCGACACCCAGUCCAACGUCAAGUACAACGCUCCGGGCAGCCUGGUCAAGAGAAGCAGCACCUUCUCCCAAUUCCCAACCGAGAAGUCCAAAACAUUUGAUUUCCUCAAUGAAGAGAAGGAGGUAUGCAGCUCCCCAUCCCGUAAAGAGCAGAAGAGAGCUCAGUAUCGACAGGUGAAGGCUCACAUGCAGAAGGAAGACGGCCGGGUCACUGCCCAUGGCUGGAGCCUCCCAGGAAAAUGCAAGAUUAAUGGUGGACAGAAUGAGCAUAAGAUGAACUUGCCUGUCCCCGUUUAUCUGAGGCCUCUGGAACAGAAGGACACCUCUAUGAAGUUGUGGUGUGCAGCGGGGGUCAACAUGUCCGGGGGCAGGGCAGAGCUCCAGAGGCAGAAGAAGGGCUCUCAGUGCAGUUUAGACCAGCUGGACAACGACAAGGACCAAGAAAAGGUGGAGGCUGAGAGGGAUCUUCUGGCCCAGGAUGAGCUGUCGAGUCGGGUGUGGGUGUGCACUAGCACUCACUCCUCCACCAAAGUCAUGGUCCUGGAUGCUACACAGCCUGCAGAUAUCCUGGACUCCUUCUACGCCUGUAACACUCAUGUGCUCUGCAUCGCCAGUGUGCCUGGAGUGUUGGAGACAGACUUUCCUGCUGGAGAGGAGGUUCCCCAGGACGUGGACAGCACUCAGGCUGGAGACGGGGUUAGCUUAGCGGGCAGCGUGGCUAGUGUCGGCUCCACAGGUAGCGACGGUGCUCUGGCUGCGGAGGGAACCACAGCUGUACCACAGACAGCAGGGGCAAAGGGGAGCGAGCAGCCCACAGAACACAGCGGCAUCUCGGCUUCAGUGGAACUCUCCAGGGAGACCAGUCCGACAGAAGACGCUGCAGAAGAGGCCACAGAAGCCACAGAGGCUAAUGCGGGGGUGGACGAGGAGGAGGGGGAGGGCCAGCAGGGGGCAGAACAGAGCCAGCCGGGCAUCUACACUGAGCAUGUGUUCACUGACCCUCUGGGCAUGGAGUCUGAGGCUGCUCCUACUGCUCCAGAACACAGGGAGCCAGGGUCAGAGGUCACAUCUCUACCAGAGCCCUCAGAGGCCCCUGAUGCAGAGAGGCUGAGGAUGAGCAGUGCUCUGCCCACCAUGUGGCUGGGCGCCCAGAACGGAUGUCUAUACGUGCAUUCGUCAGUGGCGCGGUGGAGGAAGUGUCUGCAUGCCAUCAAACUAAAGGACUCCAUUCUUGGCAUAGUCCAUGUUAAAGGACGAGUGCUUGUAGCUUUGGCUGACGGGACGUUAGCCAUUUUCCACAGAAACAUUGCUGACGGUCAGUGGGACUUGACUAACUACCACCUUCUGGACUUGGGCCGACCUCAUCACUCCAUCCGCUGCAUCAGUGUGGUGCAUGACGCAGUGUGGUGUGGAUACAGGAACAAGAUCUACGUCAUCCAACCCAAAGCCAUGAGGAUAGAGAAGUGUUUCGACGCACACCCGCGAAAGGAGAGCCAGGUGCGGCAGCUGGCCUGGGUUGGGGAGGGCAUCUGGGUUUCCAUCCGGCUGGACUCCACGCUGCGCCUGUUCCACGCACACACCUACCAGCACCUGCAGGACGUGGACAUCGAGCCCUAUGUCAGCAAGAUGUUAGGCACGGGCAGACUGGGCUUCUCCUUCGUCAGGAUCACAGCUCUGGUUGUCUCCUGCAGCAGGCUCUGGGUGGGCACAGGAAACGGAGUCAUCAUCUCCAUCCCUCUGUCUGAAGCUAACCAGAGCAUAUCAGUGCCAAACCGUCCUGGAGCAGCCGUGCGCGUGUACAGUGAGGAGGGCACAGACGGGGCGGGGCCUGGCACCUCUGUACCGUACUGCUCCAUGGCACACGCCCAACUCUGUUUCCAUGGACACAGGGACGCAGUCAAGUUCUUUGUCACCGUGCCAGGUCAGGCAGUGCCCCCUCCUGGCAGUGCAGACUCAGGAUCAGACGACCCUCCCUCUGAGUCCUCAGACACAAACUCUUCUGAGCCUAAAACAUAUCUGGUGAUGAGCGGAGGAGAGGGCUACAUCGACUUCAGAAUGGGUGACGAGGGCAGUGAUCUGGACGGUGUUUCAGACUUGAGUCCCGGUCAGACAGUUCCUCCCAAGUCCGAGCGCAGUCACCUGAUCGUGUGGCAGGUCACAUCCGCACACCACUGACCACGUGCCAAUGAGCAAUACAGCUCUCUCUCUUUCUGACUCCACCCAACGAACUACCAACGCUCCACCCUGCCCGUGCAUGUCCGUCUCAGCCCUCCUCCUUUUAUCCCUAAUGCCUGUGUAGUCACUACUUUGUAAGAUAUAUUUUUAGUUUUGUACAGUUGAUUCCUUGAUUUUAUUUGGAGAAGUACACUGCAGAAAUGAAAAUUGUACAUGAGUUAAAGAUAC